AUGUCGCUGUGCUUUCGUCCUUUUUAUAUUCGGUUUGCAGAAUUUCAUGACACUGAGGAUACGAAGAAAAUCGCUGGUGCCCGAGCGGAGAGUGUGCUGCAGGAUGCGGCAUCAGCAGCACAGGGUAACCACAACAACCUGAACGCAAUGGGUGUUUCCAUCUGUGGUUCAUCGAAUGAUUCUGUUCUGCGGAAUGGCGCCUCAGAUUCGCGACUCUACGAAUCGGCGAAUGCCUUCGAUGCCAAGGAGGAAUGUGCCCGAUUGAAGGAUGAAUUGGCUUUGCAAGUGACCGAGAAAGCACAACUUGCGGCGCAGCUUUCGGAGUUGGAGGAAUGUGCCCGAUUGAAGGAUGAAUUGGCUUUGCAAGUAACCGAGAAAGCACAACUUGCGGCGCAGCUUUCGGAGUUGAGCGGAUAUUAUUCGCAAAUCCACGCCGCUUAUUCGAAAUUAUCGGAAUGCAUCGAGAAUGGCGAUACGUCGGGCUCUGCUCUACAAACGCAGCUUGCCCAUUUACAAACGAUUGAAUUGAACGAUAAAACUUCGCGUAUCCUGUCGUUGGAGGCAGAAAUCAGUUCGCUGCGUAAGGAAGUGACAUCGCUUAGUGGUGCUAUGCAGAGGCAAGCGCAGGAAGCAGAAAGUGAUCGGAAAGAAGCACUGACUUGGCAGGACAAACUUAUUCGUGUGCAGCAGGACAGGAAUGACGCACAGGAACGUUUGCGAGUAUGCAUGAAAGAAACGGAGGCCGCACAGGCGGAGCUCGAGGAGGCUCACAAACAGCUGCGCAUGAAGGACAUUUACCUUCGUCAACUUGGUGCUUAUACAGGCGCUACCGCACCAACAGCUACCGAUACUCGGAAUUUUAGUGGUAAGUCUGAAAAUAUACUUCCGGUGAAAAUAUCAGUAAAAUUUUGUACAGUCGGCAUUAAGUUUUUUAUGCGUUUUGUGCUGUGUAACAGAAGUACAAAACGCAUAUUGUCACGGGGUUGUCUGUGUGUGUUUGUAUGUGUGUGUGUCCGCAGCAACUUGUUCGCAACUUUCAACUCCACAAAAGCUGGGAACCACAAAAGUUGGGAACCACAAAAGCUGGGAAGCUGA